UUGAAUACUCUUAAACCUUCUUUAAAAGCUUUUAGUGACCCUAAGCAGUUUGCUUAUAAGUGUGGAAGAAGUACAUUAGAUGCAGCCAUUGUACUACACCACAAUAUUGUUUCCUGCCUUGAUAAGGGUGCUAAGUUCGUUCGAACAGCUUUUUUAGACUAUACUGCAGCUUUUGACUCUGUUCCUAGGACACUUUUAUUAGGAAAGAUGAUUUCAGCACAGACAGAGUCCUGGGCAACUAGAUGGCUGUCUUCUUAUUUUAAGGAUAGGAAACAGCAUACUGUUUUGGCUGGAAAGCGCUCCACUUCUCAGCUAACUGAAAGUGGUGUGCCUCAAGGAGCAGUACUUUCUCCAUUUCUUUUCUCUUUCUUUUUGCAUGACCUUCCGAACUCACCCAACGUUAAUUUCAUUAAGUAUGCUGAUGAUCUGACCGUUUCUGUCCCUGUAGUUUCCACAUUGGAUUGUUCCCAUAUGAAUGGCUUCUUAGCUGAAGUGAAGGAUUGGUCUAGCUCAAAUGGUCUUAAACUAAAUCCAACUAAAUGUAAUACUGUUGAUUUCAGCUUGAGAAAUGAAAAAGACUUGCAUGGAUUGAUCCAAUCUCAUGAUUGUUGUAAUAUUGAUGGUACCAUGAUAGAGAGUAAGUCAAGUGUUUCUUAUCUUGGCAUUAGUUUCUCUUCAAACCUUUGCUGGUCGUCUCAUAUUCUUAUAGUUUCUACGAAAGUUUUCCGUCUGACUUAUUACAUAAAGAAGUUGAGGCACUCAGGUAUAACCCAAUCUCUUCUCAUACAAUUUAUUAAUUCAUGCGUUUUGCCCAUUAUUCUUUAUUGUUCCCCAUUAUUCUUCCCUGGGCUACUCAAGAAAGACCAUAUAUUACUACGAAGAACAUUGAGGGCUGUAAGUAGGGUCAGUGCUAUCCCUUUGACUCAACUAACCGACACUGUUGUCAAUAGGCACAUGAAUUCUUGUAAACACUUAGCUAAAGUUAUUUUGUCUGAUAGUGAACAUCCUCUUUAUUCACAUUUGUUUCCUUGUAUCUCUUCGGGUAAGACCAGAAGAAAUUUCAUAAACAUUUAUGCUCGUACUACAAAAUAUAAAAAUUCGACCGUACCAUAUUUGGCACGAGUAUUGUGUGAAGAGACGAAUAUCAGAAAAGAACUUUUACAACUUCUAAAUCAUUAACUAAACUAAAAAAUGUAAUGAUGUAUAUUAUUGCAUGUGUGAUUUGUUAUAUUAUUUAUUUAUUAUUCACUAUGAC